ACCACGAGCUGAGAGUUUUUACACAACAGAGGAAGAAUCCCAUUGUCAAGAGUGUAACGUCCCAACAAAUUAACUGCGUAUUGUGUUUUUAUUUUACUCUCAACAAUCUGAAUCAUAGUAUUUUCUCUCACAUUAAAUAAGUACAUAUCUGGAGAUAGGAAACUUUGAGCAUUUCCCAGAGUAGACCCGACUGAACAGCAAUGAGUGACCCUGAGCCAACCUCAUUUGCAUCUGUUGAGGAAGAGAGGGACUUCUGGAAGGAACAGGUUGCCAAAUACCAGCAGAGGGCUGAUGAGGCGCAGGAGGAGCUGCAAGAGUUUCAGCAAAUGAGUCGAGACUAUGAGGUGGAACUGGAGGCAGAACUGAAGCAGUGUGAGGCCCGUAACCGAGAACUGCUUACAGCUAACAACAGGCUUCGAAUGGAAUUAGAAAACUACAAGGAGAAGUAUGAAACACAGCACUCGGAGGCAGUCAGGCAAAUCUCUACUCUCGAAGGUGAUCUAGCAGAGACCACAGCCAUCAAGGACCAACUACACAAGUACAUUCGGGAGUUGGAGCAGGCCAACGAUGACCUGGAAAGAGCAAAGAGGGCCACUAUAAUGUCGCUUGAGGACUUCGAGCAGAGGAUGAAUCAUGUAAUAGAGAGAAAUGCCUUCCUUGAGAGUGAGCUUGAUGAAAAGGAGAAUCUUCUAGAAUCAGUACAGAGAUUGAAGGACGAAGCUAGAGAUUUAAGACAAGAGUUGGCUGUUCAGCAGAAACAGGAGCGUAAACCGUCAAUCAGCCUCUCGAAAGACACCGAAAAGCCAGAAGCCACACCUUCAAGACCCUCUUCUGUUGUUAAUGCCACCCUCCCAUCUUUCAUUGCCACGCCCUCUAGGCCUCCAGGCUCGGGGAGCACAUUCAACACGCCCCUGGCAUCGUACAGCCGAAUUGAAGGUCUGACUGGAACUCCUCUUACCACAUCUGCACGGAUAUCUGCCCUCAACAUCGUUGGAGAGUUGUUAAGGAAAGUUGGGAACCUUGAAUCAAAGCUAGCAUCAUGCAGAGAGUUACACAUCCAUGAGAAAACACCCGGUCAUGCAGCGAUUGGCCAGAGUUCACCAAGUAUUUCACGAGAAACCCAAGAAAAUCCAUCCAAUGCAAAUGGCCUCUAUGAUAAGGGGAUGGUGAAACGGUUGGACUUUGGAAUAGGACAGAAGAUAAUGCUGUGAAUAAAGCAUUAUCUGCUCUCAGUACACAAGUGUGUCUUUCAUUCCCAAAUCCUUGGGAAAUGCAAUAUUCCCAAUUCAUUAAAAUGAAAAUGCUUUUUCAGGAGCUGAUGCAUAUCUUUAUGCUAUCCUUCUAAUUCUUCCACUCAUCAUUCGUUUUCUGUGAAGGGUUCUGCUUUUGCAGUCACAUCAAACCCAUUAUAGAGACUUUCAUAUCCCCACUGUUUACCAGCCCUCUCUGUCCUCUGGAAUGACUGUACUACCUGUUGUUUUACUGUUUUGUUGGGAGUUUUUGUGUGUGUUGCAGAUGUACUUAAGUUCACACUGUUUGUUUGUUGUUUGUUUGUGUUGUUUUUAGAUUUCUGGUGACAUAGCAGUUUUGACAUUUUUAAUCUGCACUGUAAUUUUAUGAUUUGCUCUUUUGGAACCAUGAAUUGGGAGAUGCAGGUGACUGAAAAAAGCUAUACUUACCUCUGCAACCCCAUUAUAUUUGGCACUGAACUACUGAACAAUAAUCUGAGUGAAACCUCUAUUGCACAUACUUAUUGUUGUACACAGGACUCGAGCGAUGUUGACAGCAGGUUCAUUUUUAAUGCAGAAAUGCCUGGUUUUAUUUUUUAAAUAUUAGCAUAUAUAUAUAUAUAUGAUCUGUAGGAUUUUGUUACUAACUGAUGGAACUUUGUCUUCAGUGUUCAGAGUUGGAAUUAAUGUUACAAGGGGGAUGGUGAUCUGUUGUGAACUGAAGCUGCUGUUCAUAUCUCAUUUUAUUGUUGCCCUCUUAAGGGCUUAUUUGAAUAACCAGCCGUAGCAGAAAUGUGUACAGUAUGCAUGAUGACAGCAUCCACUUUAGGGCCUUUUUAUGUUCUAGUUUUAGCUAAUGCAAGGUAGGAAACCUCAUUUGUAUCAGUGCCAUCUUUGAUUUAAAAGAUUGUAUCUACAGUACUGAAGAGUCUUUACUGUCAUACCAUGCACUGUACAUGAAUGUAACGUGCCUUAAUUUUGUGGCCAUAACAUGCUUUUCCUCAAAGUUAGCAUGGGUAUUGGGUAACUUACUAGCCUGAAGGGAGCUCCAGCAUCACUUUGCUAUUCUUCCCAAUGUAUUAAUUCUUUGAUAUGUCAGAGAGUCCUGGAUGAGAGAAAAACAUUGAAUUCUAAGUGGUUUAACGCCUUAGUUUUCACAUUUCUGUUAUGCAAGAGUUGUAGAUUAAGUCAAUUAACAAGCAAUAUGAAUACUUCAGUGAAGGGAACAAAUAUUUUUAUGUUAAAAAUAGAAAUGUAAGGGAGAAUUAAUACAUUAUAUUUUCCACUUUGCCUAGCGGUACUAAUGAGAAGUAAUGAUAGAAAUAAUAGACAAUGAUGGUUGAAAGGAAGAUUUAGCACACUUUAUUGCACCAGAGUCAUCUCAGGGCAUCAUGUAAGCAAUAACCUCACUAAAGAUGUUGUUACAGUCCAAAUUCUGUUAAGUGUUUGUCUCUAUAGGCACAAGGCAUGCACAAUUGCCAAUUAUAUAAUUGUCAACUUGUAUUUUCUUUGCUAUUAAUGACAUCUGCUAUGUCUGCAUUCCUUUUCAAAAGCAAUGCUUAGUUUCUCCUGCCUGUGUAAAACCAUUUUUUUGUUGGUUUAUUACUAACCUACAAAAUAAAAUGUCUAUAUUAUG